AUGUUGGGAACGUUCACGAAAGCCUACGGUGAUGAGGAGGUGGCGAAGAUGCUCGUGACAGCCAAGCUGAACCCGACUACCAAGCAGCUCGCGAAUAAGCUGCAGAAUGAGCAGAUAGUGGGCUGGAUGCAGAACGGCGUCUCCCCAGACUACCUGUUCAAGUGGUUUAGGCUGGAUGAAGGGACGAUUGAGGGGCUUCUGGCGAACCCGGCGUUGGGCGUUUGGUACCACUUCUUCACCAACCUGAACCAGUUCCACGCGGAUAGAGAUGUGCGGAUGAUCACACAAUUGGUGGACAAUUAUGGCGACAUCCCGUUGGCAAAGGAACAAGCAUGGUGUCGCGGCCAAGUUGCAGCUAACUCAGUUUCAAAAGUGGAUGGUACUUGA